AUGCCGUUAAUAGAGGCUUUCUUUGACCAGAUCAGCACGAUCCUGGGGCCAGACAACGUCUCCCGGGAUUCGUCUGCCGGGGCGCUUGUCGGUCCAAAGGGAAAGACGGCCUAUGGCGACCCCUACCCGCUAGACGAGGCGGUAAAACGCUCGCCCGUCGGCGCUGUUCGGCCCAGCACGGUCGAGGAGGUUCAGGCAGUCAUCCGAGCGGCCAAUGUGUUUCACGUCCGGCUCUGGACCGUGUCGCGCGGCAAGAACCUUGGCUAUGGCGGCACCUGUCCCGUGGUCAACGGCACUGUCGUUCUGGACCUGCACCGAAUGACCAAGAUCAUCGAGAUCAACGAGGAGUUUGGCUAUGCCAUUGUCGAGCCUGGUGUCUCCUUCUUCGACGUAUAUGAGGAGAUUCAGAAGCGGAAGCUCAAGCUGUGGCCGUCCUGCCCAGCAAUCGGCUGGGGCUCCAUCCUCGGAAACACGCUGGACCGUGGCUUCGGCUACACACCCGGUGGAGAGCACUCGCAGGUCCAGUGCGGCAUGGAGGUCGUCCUGCCCAGCGGCGAGCUGCUUCGCACGGGCAUGGGGGCCAUGCCCGACAGCAAGCUGUUCGGUCUGUACAAAGGAGGGUUCGGUCCAAGCAUCGACGGCCUGUUUUUUCAGUCCAACUUUGGCGUUGCAACCAAACUCGGGUAUCACGUGACACCCGCUCCAGAGGCGUACUGUCGCUUUAAGAUCAACUUUGCCGAGGAGGAGGACCUGAUCCCGAUGAUCGACACACUGACGGACCUGCUGCGGCGAAACAUUAUCGGCAACUCGCCGUCGGUGUCCAACAUCUUCCGCGACGCGAUCGUGUCGGGCGACCCGGACGCGAUAGCCGCAGUGAAGCCAUAUCUGGGCACAGACAAGUACGUGCCGUAUGAUGUGAUGGACAAGCUGCGACGCCAAAAGGGCUGGGGCUUCUGGACGGCACACUUUGCGCUGUACGGCUCGCGCGAGGUCGUUCCGGCUCUACGAGACACGGUCAAGCGGGCGUUUGCCAAGGUGCCCGGGGCGACGAUCAAGGAAUGCGAGCUCUACACAGCACCGGAAGACGAGGUGCUGAAUGCGAGCAUCGUCGGCGAGGAAGAGAUCCCCAACACGGGCGUGCCGACGCUGUCGCCGCUCGGCCUGCUUGACUUUGGCCGCGAGCCGGGCUCGUACCACACCUGCUUCUCGCCGCUGAUUCCGCCAUCCGGAAAGGCGCUGUACGACUGGUACAUCACGGCGAAGAAGCGGACUGUCGAUGCGCGCUUCGACUUCUUUGCCGACUUCCACGUGUAUGCGCGCUACGUCAUCGGCAUCGAGCUGGUCAUGUACACGGACGCGGAGAAGGAGCGGAUGAAAGGAAGCUCCUUUAUGGACGACGUGGCGUCGCACUUUGACUUCAACGGCGGCGUGUUCAACAAGUUCCUGACCCGCAUCAAGGACAGCCUUGACCCCAACGGCAUCCUGUCGCCGGGCAAGUCGGGCGUGUGGAACUCGGCUGGACCGGGAUCUCGGUUGCACGGCGCGUCCGAGGUGCCAAAGCUGUGA